UGGAUACUGCUGACACGGCUGCACAUGCAGGGACAUGAAAACUCCUACAAGUGUGUAACUAGUGAUGAAUUUUCGGGAUAUCUUUAAAAUCGUUUUAUCAAGGAAAAAUGGUGGAUCAAUGGUCGUUCAGCAAUAGAAAUGCAACUUCUUUCUAAAGAAAAUUAACUAUGGACCUUUUAAUGUAUAUAUUGGUCGUUCUGGCAUAUAACACGAAUUCCGGUGUCUGCAUUCGGACCGAAGAUCCAAGAAAAUAUCGAGACUCAGAGUUACCAACUUCACGACAAAACCUUCAGAUACGGAUGAAGGAGCUAAUAAACUUGGCAAUCAUAAGAGCAGACUGCUAUACUGAUAUACUGCGGCGUUUAGGGAUCACGGAUCCUCCACAGCGCACUAUUUCUUCUCCACUACAUAGAUCCACCGAAUCGCCACAAAGGUCUCAUGGGAUUCCUUUCAAGCCACUCGGCAUCACACGAAUUCUCUCAGGAUCACCAGACACCCAAGCAGACACUAACAUGCUUUAAAUUAAGCUUUCCGACAUUCCAUCCGAUAAUAGAACAGUUGUAGACAUAGUCCAUUUACUAGUGAGAGUCAAAUACAAACAGAAAAGAAGACUAGAACGUUUGGAAAAUUUGUCUGCAGAAUCAUCAAAUGAGGUCAACAAAGAUUCUUUAACGAAAAAGAGCAAACGGGAAAGACGUCGUAAACAAUUCUUGCAAAUCGAGUUAACUUUGUCCAAUGUGACGGACGAUGGACAUA